AUGCGCACGCUGGAGGACCUGGAGCUGUACGAUGUCGUGCACGACGACGUCAACUACACCAACAUGGCGUGGAACGAGGAGCUGCAGCGGGUCAUGGCCUUUGACCUGGACUACGCCUACGUCGAGCCUGUGCGGAGGCCUGGCGAAACACAAACGCCGGAGCGGAAGCAGACGGCUGCGCCUGGGAGCAGCCCCCUUCUGGACAUCGACAGACCUGGCCAGGUCCCCGCCGGCCAAACGGGUAAAGAGCAGCACUAUCGGGGCGAAAGAAAAUGCGCCGCUGGAAGAAUAAACAGCACUGCCAUCUGGGCAGCGAGGCAGAGAUUGCUUUUACUUUUAUACCCCCUGUACUUGAUGUAUUGA